GGGACUGCGGCGUCAGGCGGGGGUGGGGGAGCUGAGCCAGCAUCACCCGCGCAGCUCAUCUCACCUCACGGCCUGGGGCACCAACCCAGCCACCCACAGCGGGGUGGUCAGUGCAGGGGCUGUCAGGGCGGAGCUGGGCCAGCUGAUUUGGAGGGUGCAUGGCAUGUACUUCGUGAUCCUGACAUCUGCAAGAGUCUCAAGUCCCAUCCCUGUUUACUUCCAGAAAACAGCAAGCUGAACAGACACUGUGUGUGCGCGCGCGUGUGUGUGAACUUGGCAAAGGCAUGGCUUGCCCCCAAGUCCCCAGAAGGAGUGCAGCCUGUCCCCAGGCUCAUCCUCAGUCUUACCUCUUGGGCACUUUCCCUACUUCCUCCUGAGAGGAGGAUGCUGCUGCAAGAGUGCCACCCACCCCUGGCCCCCAGCAGGUCUCUACCCUCCCCCAGGACUCCUGCCAGGGUGUGUCCAUCUUGCGGGCCCCUUGGAGGUGCCCUCUGGCUGGCUGGUCCACGAGAUGACUGGCAUGCUGUCAGUGACGGGAAACUCUGGCAAGCCCGGUAACAUUCCUGAGAGCUUCAGAGAAACCAAAACUUGGCUCCUCUCUACCAAGUAGGAGCCAAGCCCCUAGAACAAUGGCGUGUCCAUCCCUCCCCAGCCAGGAGCAGGAAGGGGAGAGAGCCCCAGGCCCUGGCUUCCAGCCCACCUGCUCCAGCAAAGCAGCCCAGCAGAUGGGAUCUCUCCGCCAAAGCCCCCACUGUGCCCCUGGACACCCGGGCCAACAUGCUCUGCGGGGUCUGCCCUGGCACUGCCCUCUCUUGGGCACGGGGGACCCUCCCAGGGCAAGGAGCCGGGCUUCUCGCACCUCCCGUAAAUGCCGGGCCGUACGUGCUGGCAGAACCAGCCAUCCCCAGCCUUCCCUGGACUCAACACAGAAGCCAGGCUGUGGGCUGCGCAGGACUGGACAGCAGAGGCCCUGGAGCGCCCCCUUCUGUCGGGAGUGCGGGCCUAGCACAUGGGCCCUGGCCUCCUGGCUCCCCAACCUGAUCUCCGGCCCACCCAUCCUCACAGCAUCACCCUCGAUCGCGAGGCGACUUCUGUCCCCUGCCCAGCCCUCCCUUUAUCCCAGGCCCGGCCUCCUGGGGUUCUGCCGCCUCUCCUGCAUGGCCUGACUCCACGUGCAACAUGUUACCGCCCCCGCCAGUCCCCCAGCAUCUGACCUGUGGCCCCAGCCUGGGCUGGCCGGCCCCUCCCCCAUGCCACCUUCAGGACUCAGCUGAGCAGAGUGGAGACGUGGGCCCAGGCCCUCAAGUGGCAGGACCUCCCACGGCUGCACUUCGCCCAUCUCUGGGUGCUCCCGCCGCCCAAAGCCCCACCCCAGGACGCCCACCUGCAGGCCUGAGCCCCUCCUCGGUUGGAGACAGGUUUCCUGCUUCCCGGGGGGCAGGGGCUCUGCUCUGUCACCUGGUUCCGUCCCAGGCCCAGCACCUGGGGCGCACUUUGACCACCGCAGUGACACCUGCCCCAGCUCCCUCUUGCCUCGCUUCCCUGUGAACUCGCCCAGCAACUGCCCCCCACGCCCACAACAGCCCACAGCACUGCUCUGAAGUCCUCCUGACUGAAAUAGAGCUUUAGUAUCCUCCCCUCCCCUUAAAGGUCCACCUCUCUGAAAAAGGACCAGUCUCCACUUUCCCCUUCCUCCCUCCCUUCCUUCCAUCACUCCUCCAACAAAGCCCCGGUGGGCUUCAUGUCCAGCACUGGGACGGCCCCUGGAGACCCAGCGAGGUGCGCACAGACCUGGAACCACUCACACUGUGCACUAAAAGCGGGCAGAGUGAGGUGUUUGGGGAGCUCCCCGCCCAGAAGCUGCUGGAGACGGGGGCUUCGUGGAGUGAGUCUGCAUCUGGAGGUGGGGGGCGGGGAGGGAGAGCAGGAGCGAAGGCCUGUGUGAGGGCAGAGCCAGGGCUCAGCCCCGAGAAUGAAGGUCCGGGCCUGGGGCAGGCAGGCGGCAGGGGUGGGAGAGGCAGGAAGGCCAGCCAGCCUUCAGGCAAGCCCGGGUGCUAGGGAAGGCACAGAGAGGGUGCGUGGGAUCGGAGACAAGGCUGGGAGGCGCCUGCAUGCCUCCUGGCUCCUGAGUGGGCGGUGGCACUGGCUUAGGCAGAGCUUCCCCUGCAAGAGAUGCCAUCUGGGGGACGGGCACAAGUGAACCUUGGACCUGCAGGCCCUCAGAGGCAGGUGGGGCCCUCUGCCCAUCCUUAACCGGCCGGAGUCCCAUAGAUCUUAGCUGACCAGCCUCCCCGCUCCCAUCUUAGCUCCCCUACCCGGGCCUCAACGUCCCCCACGGGCCACACUGAUCCUGAAACCUUCUCCUCCCACACCUGUAGCUCCCCGGCCCCUCUGCGCUCAGCGGCCCUUUCCUGUUUGGGACCCAGUUACGCUGCGAGGAUCUCUGCCACGGCUCAGGCCAGGCCAAGGCCCCUGCGGUGGCCAAGGGUCCAGUCUCCUACCUCCCACGGAACGUGCUCAGCGAGAGGCAGCGCAGGUGGGGGCCGCGCAGUGGGGUUGGGGGUCAGAGGAGGUCAGGUUUGUGCCCGCGAGCUGGUUUCAGGUGGCUGGGACAGGCUCGUGCCGUCUGUCGGGUAAGGGAAUGCUUAGUACAUCCCCGAGGUGAAUAUAACACACGUUUUUGGGGGUGGGGGUCCCAAGGGCCACCGUUGCAGCCCUUUCUUUGACCCGAAGUCCUGGGCACCUCGAGGUUGUGCAUGUGCCACCGACACCCUCAGGCAGUGACGGUGCAGGCUUGGGUCGCCCGCGGCAAAUAUCUGGAUAGCCUGCAGCUUGGGGUCCAGGGCCCUGGGCCAGUGUGUGUGCUGACACGAUCCGUAAAGGGCUCAGGGGGCUCUGGUGGCUGCGGUGCUUUUUCCGGGUCAAGGCCAGACUGCCCCAUGGUCGGUGGUCACUUCCCUGGAGGCAGGAAGCGGAUCUCCUUGAGCUGUGAGCGCCUGCGGGCCCUGCUGCCCCAGUUCGACGGCCGGCGGGAGGACAUGGCUUCAGUCCUGGAGAUGUCGGUGCAGUUCCUCCGGCUCGCCAGCGCCCUGGUGCCCGGCUGGGAGAAGCACGCUGAGACAUGGCACACGUGGCAGAAGGAUGUUUUGCAGGUGGCCCUGGCGAGUCAGACCCCAGCAGGUGCCCCGGACCCCGGCGUGGGAACAUCCAGCGUGACCAUGCAGCAGGCUUCCCCGAGCCGUGCAGCUGCGGAUGUGGACGACGAGCCGCCCAGCCUGGUCCUCCGGUCUCCAGGCCUGAGUCCCUCCAGGGCCCUGAGGCCGCCCAUGCUGUGGUCGCGGCAGCCACCCUCCCCGCUGGUGAGCGAAGAGUCUCAGAGCUGCUUGGGCCGGGCUGGGUCCCCAGGUCAAGGGACUGACAAGGCCAUAACGCUGGAUGCCAGGUCUGUGUCGGGGUAUGACGUCGAAGACGGGUCGUCCUUUCUGCUGACGGCCAGUCCUGACUGGUGGCUGGGGUCCCUGGAGGGCAGAGGCAGCAGUGCCCCUUUUCGGGUCCCCGCCAGGAGCAGCGUGCUGGACAGGGCAGAGCCCAGCUUCCUGGGCGACCAUGAGCCCGGCUCCCAGGACCCCCCUGACGGGCCCCUGGAGCCAUGGAGCUCAGACGUGAGCUGCCCCAGCUCGGCCCUGCGGGAGGAGGUAGACACCAUCUUCCCCGACUUCUUUGCUUACUGAGGGCCGGGUCGCGCCAGGCUGCAGGGCACGGGGCCUUUGCAGCAGCUCGUGCCGCACGCUUGGGCAUUGCUUUUGGGGUUUGGGCUGCAGCUGUGCUCUAAUUCCAGCGAGGCUGUGGG